GACCUCUGGCUCUGGCGGCAAGGCAAGGCAAGCCGAAUGUAAACAAUCCCGCCGAACAAAUUUUGCCGCGUAACACAACACUGUUAAAAAGGAGAGUGUGAACAACAACAGAGAACCGAGAGGCGGAGGACCUAAGAAGCGAUACAAGGCGUUACAAGUCAAAAGAAGAAGGAAACUCAGAUAGGUUUGCUGUCUCCAGAGGAUGCAAAACAUGCAUACAAAGAUACUCUUUUACUUGAUGAUAUAGAAAUGUGACAAGAUUCAACUCCAUUCCUGUAACCAUGUCAGAAGAAAGUAAUGUACAUCUCAUUCCUCUCGAAUUAUAUCUAAUGAGAGGUGAAGGUUUGGAAGGUUUUACUCAUAUACCUUCCUCUCAGUUGCACAUGCCAGGUUUACAAAACCAGUCAGUUUUUAAAAAGGAUGCAAAGAGUUCAUUUCAGCAUGAACGGACAUGUACCAAUGUCUCAAAUAAAAGGACAAGACUAAACAGCAAUGUCAAAAGGAAGAAUGAAGCACUGGCCAAAGAGGUGCCUCAGGGUGAAUCCCAGGUUGGAUGUGGUACAAGGAAACCACUUGCAAGUGAGAGUUGUUUACUGCAGCAGAAAGAAGUACGUAGAACACUGGCUGAUAUAAGUAACCUAAAACCAAAUGAUUGUGUGAAGAAUCUUUCUGUAACUAAAAAAAAUAGAACACUUGUAUCUGCAACACAUAAACAUGGAGAAAACAAUGCUGUUAGUAAAGACAAAGCCAAUGUUGCUAAACAAAGUAAAACUGGUAUUAAUGGACAAGAAAAAGGGGAUAAGAACAUACCAAAGCUGACUGAAACCAAACACCCAACAGCUUCAAAGAGGAAAAUUAAUUCAGAGCAAGAAGCAAAUAAUGAAACUACAAGUCAAUUUGGUACUGAAAGCAAUGUUAAGCAAACUAGUGAGAACACUGAACAAAUAGUGCCUGCAAAAAGAAGUAGGCGGAUUGAGGCAACGGUUUCUAAAGAGUUACCUGAAGAUAUGCCACGGAGGUCUAGCAGAGUAAGAAAGCAGAUCAUUCCAGUUAGUUACCUAUUGGAAGAUAGUGACACAUCCCUGCUAGAACCAAUCAAAAAAGCUAGGGCAUGCAGAAAAGUUUUCCCUAAUAAACCUAAGGAACAAGCCACAGCACUCGCAAAAAACAGAAAUGAAAAUAGUGAUUAUGAAGAGCAAGAUGAAAACAAGAAAAUACCAGAACCUCCAGUUACACAAUCAGCUGGAAAAGGAUUAAAAACUAAAGAGGCAAAGAUAAAAAAAGGUACAAAAAGUAACAAUCAUGAAAAUAAAGAAGGUCGAGCACUUGGGAAAAACGCACAAAGCAAAAGCAAGAAUGUAGAAGUCAGGAAAAUAAAUGCAACACAUAGAUCCCAAGAACCCACCAAGCAUGUCAGUAAUGUGUCUAUAAACUUGGAGCUGAGAAGGUCAACACGGCAGCGCAAAGUAAACUACCGGAUUCUAGAAGACCUUUAUGAAUCUGAUGAAAGUGUAAGUUUCCCCAGCAAGAAUAAAAAGCAAGAGAAAAUGAAAGAUAAGAACAAUGUUGUGAAAAAUGGGAGAAGUGCAAAAAGAAAUAUCAGAAGUAGCUCAGAAAAGGAAACUUUAGAUAAGUCAGUUGGAAAUAAAAGUGAAAUGUCUGAUAGAAAAAUGAAGACCAUGAAAGCACAGGUUUGUUUAGAGAAAAUAAAUUUGUUAAAACAUGGGAAUCCAAGGUACAAAGAAGAUAAGGGAAGUAGUGUAGGCAGCAGAGAAAACGAAAAAAUUACAAGCAGGAAUGGAGGUGAGGAGAAGCAAUGUAAGGAGAGUGAAAGGAAAAGUACAGUAGAAACAAAAAAUACAAACAAGAAAACUGUUAGUAAGUCAGGACAACAAAUGACUAAAAAAAAGAAACCUGAGAAGUCUCAAUCAGAAGUUCCUGAGAGUGCUGAAGCCAGCAAGAUUACUGCUAAAAGAGGAACACUGAAGUAUCUUCAUCAAAGGGAGAAGUAUAUUACAGCCUUGGCCAAGGAAGCUGAGGGGGAGGAGGAUGAUUUUAACGAGAAUCCCUUUUUUGCUAAGAAGAAAUUUAAGUUCACCAAUCUUUUGCCACCAUCACAUGAGGACACCCUUAUUAUAAAGACCCCAAAGAGAGGAAUUAUUGAGGAUCAAAGGGAAACUGCUGUCACCCCUCGGACUACUCUUUUGGGUCAGCUGCAACCUGUCACGCCUUCCACACACCCUUAUUCUCCAUCGCCCUCCUUGGACUCAACCACAAAAAAAGCCGCCUUGAAGCAGGUGUACCAUUGGAUGAAGAACAAGGGUCGCCAGCCUAGACGUACACAAAAGGUGGACCAUGACAUGUCUCGGCAGAAUAUUCACUUUACUCCUAUUGAGCUUCCAGCUGUACCAGAAAAUCAGAGUGGCAAUGAGUCUGACACAGCAGAUGAAUACUUUGAUGAUGGGGAUUCACUGUAGAUCAGCAAAGUCAUCUUUUAGCAAACUGACCAGCUUUCCAUUUGAUUUUAUCAUAAGAUCAGCAGGAGUCUGUAAGGAACCCGAGUGGUAUUUUAUAAAUUUUGUUCACAACUGGAGCAAGUUCCUAGGCCAUGCCAACUGAUGAGUUGAAACAUGACCCCCUGAACACAAGCUGUUUUGACUGAACUGUAAUUCACUUGUGUUUCGGGUAAUGUGACCAUUAUUGUCAUUUAUCAUUUUGUCAAGUAAGAAAAGCAUUAUGGAAAAAGUUGUUUAGCUGUCUCAGCAGUUUCUAACAUCUUAGACUUUUCUACAGUAGGUCACAAAUAAAAUAUGAUGAAAGACCAGAUUGUACUCAUCAUCACUUUACAUGGCACAGGCCUCAAUAAAAUUGCCUUUGAACAUUUUAGGUGUGACAGAGAAAAGUGUUAAGGAGCUCAUAAUUCUAGAGCAAGAACACAUGACCUCAAGAGGAGGCCAAAGAGAAGAUGCAAAAAAAAUAACUUGAGCAAAUUCUUUUAAUUUGGUAACUGAAAAGGUUAAUUUAAAUGAUUGAUAACAUAAUGUGUCUCUUUUCUUGUCUCCUCUUAUGAUAGGGUGUUCCUUUACUGCAAGCAUGACAAAGUUGCUUAAUUCACACUCCAUCCAUCUUGUUCCUGUUAUUUAAAAUUUCAUUUACUGGUCAGCUGUCAGAUGUUUGAUUUGAGUAUUUUGCUGGAGCAGUGCAAUAGUGUUUUUUAUUUUAUUUUAUAUAACAUGUGCUUUUAGGAUCAUGAUGACAUUGGCAAGAGCAUAGUGGAGCAGCAAAAAUAGUUGUAGUAAGGAAAAAUUGAAUUUCACAGCACUUAACAUUUGAGCUCCUACAUCUGUUGGAUCUGUAGCAGGAGAGCCUUCAGUAAACGAGACUCAUA